AUGUCCAACUACAUGGGCACCGUUGACCUGAGCCUCAUUGAGGCUCCGGUUACCUGGCGUGCUUACCUGGUCUGUGGCUUUGCCAGCUUCGGAGGACUUCUUUAUGGCUAUGACUCAGGCUACAUCAGUGGUGUCCUUGGCAUGGAUUAUGUCAAAGAGCACUUCGGCCACCCCGUUCCCAAGAGUGAUGAUGCCCCUACUGGCUUUGAGAUUGCCACUUCGCGCAAGUCUCUCAUUACCUCCAUCCUGUCUGCUGGUACUUUCUUGGGUGCAAUAUUUGGUGGUGCCGUGGCGGAAAUGAUUGGUCGCCGUCUGGCCAUCAUGCUUUCCUGCCUUAUCUUCUCCGUCGGAGUUGCUGUUCAGGUUGGCACCACCUCUGUUGGUGGUCUUGUUGCCGGUCGUCUGGUUGCUGGUCUUGGAGUCGGCGGGGUCUCUUCUGUUGUCAUUCUCUAUGUCUCUGAGAUCAGUCCCCGUCGUGUUCGUGGCUUGCUUGUUUCGAUGUAUCAGUGGGCAAUUACUAUCGGUUUGCUCGUGGCCUCGGGCGUUGACCAAGGUUGUAAGAAUCGGACUGAUUCGACGUCUUAUCGAAUUCCCAUUGCUCUACAGUUCAUUUGGGCCGUCAUUCUUGCCGCUGGUCUCUUCUUCUUACCUGAGUCCCCUCGUUACUAUGUUCGCUGUAGUCGGACCAACGACGCUCUGCGCUCUCUUUCUCGAGUUCGUGGCCAGUCUCCCACUCACCCAGCUAUCCAGGCCGAGCUCGCUGAAAUCCAGGCAAACUAUGAUUACGAAAAGAGAAUUUCCAGCACCUCCUGGGCUGAUUGCUUCAAAGGUGGCAUGUCGCCCCGUGGUAAUCUUCGUCGCGUUAUUGCCGGCACUGCCUUGCAGAUGUUCCAACAGUGGACCGGAAUCAACUUCAUUUUCUACUACGGAACCACCUUCUUCCAGCAGGUCGGCUUGCAGAACCCUUUCCUGAUUUCCACCAUCACAAACGUUGUCAAUGUUGUCACCACCCCCGCCUCGUUUUACAUGAUUGAGAAGUUCGGACGCCGUACUCUGCUGAUCUGGGGUGCCGUCAUCAUGUGCCUUUGCGAGUUCAUCAUCGCAAUCGUUGGUGUUGCCUAUCCUGACGGACAUGCAGCAAACACCUGUCUGAUUGUGUUUGUCUGCUUCUACAUUGCCGCGUUUGCAACCACCUGGGGCCCUGCAGCUUGGGUCGUCAUCGGCGAAAUCUAUCCUCUUCCCAUCCGAGCCAAGGGUGUUGCCCUCGCUACAGCUUCGAACUGGUUGUGGAACUGUGUCAUUGCCGUCAUCACUCCCUACUUGGUCGACAAGGAAUACGGCAAUUUGAAGUCAAAGGUCUUCUUUGUCUGGGGCAGCGCACUUUUCCUCUGUCUUUUGUUCGCCUUCUUCGUUAUUCCUGAGACCAAAGGCCUCACUCUGGAGCAGGUUGACAAAAUGCUGGAAGAGACUACUCCUCGUGGCAGCGCCAAGUGGCGCCCCACGGAUACCUUUGCUCACGAGAUGGCCAUCGCAGAGUACGGUCACGCCCGCAUGGGCGAGCAGAAGUCCACUGCCCUCCACUCUGACCAGACAGUUCACGAGGGAAUUGUGGAGAUUGGCGACCACCGUCCCAACAAUCUCUGA